AUGGAGGGCUCACGUCCCCGCGCUCUGGGCGGCCACUUAGCGCCCUCCCCGCCGGCCUUCGACGGAGAACUGGAUCUGCAGCGCUACUCCAACGGACCGGGCCUGACCGCCGCAGGGUCUCCAGGCAUGGGAGCGGUGGGCUGGUCUGAGAGUCGGGCUGGCGAAAGGCGCUUCCCCUGCCCUGUUUGCGGAAAGCGCUUCCGCUUCAAUUCCAUCCUGGCUCUGCACCUGCGGGCGCACCCGGGCGCCCAGGCCUUCCAGUGCCCGCACUGCGGCCACCGCGCGGCCCAGCGGGCCCUGCUGCGCUCGCACCUGCGCACGCACCAGCCGGAGCGCCCGCGGAGCCCCGCCGCGCGCCUGCUGCUGGAGUUGGAGGAACGCGCGCUCUUGCGCGAGGCCCGGUCCGGAAGAGCCCGGAGCUCAGGGGGCCUACAAGCCACCCCGGCCACGGAGAGCCUGGUGCGGCCCCAGGCUCCAUCAGCGUCCUCCUUCCGAUGCCCCUUCUGCAAAGGCAAGUUUCGCACCGCCGCGGAGCGGGAACGCCACCUGCACAUCCUGCACAGGCCCUGGAAGUGUGGCCUCUGCAGCUUUGGCUCCAGCCAGGAGGAGGAGCUGCUGCAUCACAGCCUGACGGCCCACGGGGCUCCGGAGCGCCCUCUGGCGGCCACCUCGGCUGCCCCGCAGCCUCAACCUCCACCCCAACCUGAACACAGAUCAGUCCCUGAGCCCGAGCCGGAGCCGGAGCCGGAGCUGGAGCCCGAACGUGAGGCAACCCCAGCCCCUGCUGCUCCCGAGGAGCCUCCUGCACCUCCAGAGUUCCGCUGUCAAGUGUGUGGCCAGAGCUUCACCCAGUCCUGGUUUCUCAAGGGCCAUAUGCGCAAGCACAAGGCCUCUUUUGAUCACGCGUGUCCCGUGUGUGGCCGUUGCUUCAAGGAGCCCUGGUUCCUUAAGAAUCACAUGAAGGUGCACGCCAGCAAGCUGGGUCCACUGCGCGCCCCGGGGCCCGUCUCUGGGCCUGCCCGGGCUCCCCAACCUCCUGACCUGGGCCUGCUGGCCUACGAACCACUGGGCCCCACGCUCCUCUUGGCCCCCGCACCCACCCCGGCUGAGCGCCGGGAGCCUGCGAGCCUCCUGGGCUACCUGAGCCUGCGAGCCGGCGAAGCCCGGCCCAAUGGCGAGGGCGCCGAGUCCGGGGCUGGCCGCAGCUUCGGAAGCUUCCGCCCCUUGCCCUCUGCGCUCCCGGCCCGGGCUCGCCGGCACCGCGCCGCCGAGGAGCCCGAGGAGGAAGAGGAGGUAGCGGAGGCCGAGGAGGAGACCUGGGCCCGCAACAGGGCGUUGGGCCCUCUGGCUUCGCUGCACCCACGCCCAGGGGAGGGGCCAGGGCACUCUGCACCUGCUUCGGGGGCCCAGGCGAGGCCCACUGCCACGCAGGAAGAGAAUGGGCUGCUGGUCGGAGGGAACCGGUCUGAAGGGAGCCGGGGGGGCACCGGCAAGGAUUGUCCCUUCUGCGGGAAAUCAUUCCGCUCGGCGCAUCACCUCAAAGUGCAUCUGCGCGUGCACACAGGCGAGCGCCCCUACAAGUGUCCGCACUGCGACUACGCGGGCACCCAGUCCGGCUCGCUCAAGUACCACCUGCAGCGCCACCACCGGGAGCAGAGGAGUGGGGCCGGCCCGGGGCCGCCCCCGGAGCCGCCCCCUUCCCAGCGGGCUUCAGCCCAGACGUCCGGGGCCAAGGGGGCUCCGCAGCCUACGACUUGGGUGGAGGGCACCCCGAGCCCCCGGCCUUCCAGCAGCACCGCGCCGGGGUCCCGCAGGAAGCCUGCCAGUCCGGGGAGGACCCUGCGCAACGGGCGAGGCGGUGAGGCCGAACCCCUGGACCUGUCCCUGCGGGCGGGGCCGGGAGGCGAGGCCGGGCCCGGGGGUGCCCUCCACCGUUGCCUCUUCUGCCCCUUCGCCACCGGAGCCCCCGAGCUCAUGGCCUUGCACCUGCAAGUGCACCACAGUCGCCGGGCUCGGGGCCGCCGGCUCCCCCAGGCCGAUGUGUCGCUGCCCUAUGUCCGAGCACCAUCGGGAGAGACCCCUCCCAGCCCUCCUCUGCAGGAAGGGGAGGAGGGCCCCGGGCUUUUGAGGUCCGGAGAGGUGGGAUUGGGGGGGCAAGAACGGUAG